AUGAAGACCCCAGUAAAUGAACAAGCAUCAAGUCAACUAGCAUCAGAAGAAGAAACAGUAAGGGAAUUAGCAUCACGGGGACUACCACCACAGGAACGAGCAGAAUGGGAACUAACAUCUCACGAACUAGAAGCCAAAGUCCAAGAACCAAGAAUUCAAGUAAAUAGAUUUCAAGCAGAGAUGCAUCCAGGAAUAAUCAAACAAUUAUCAAAUGUCCCAGAGGUAACGGGACAAUUAGAAGGACGAUAUAUAUUACAGGAACAAAGAGCACCAACAGAUGGUACGGAAGGGCUGUUAGGUAAAAUGCAAGGUUUUUUUACUGAAACUUUASGACAAGUAGAACCAGCUCCUAUUCUUGGUGUAUCUGGUGGAAUGGGUGCCAUAUUUUUACUUUUUAGGUAUACUCCAGUUGGAUCCUUCUUUGGAGGAAGAAGAAGACGAAUUCAUCAAAUUCCUAGUAGCUUUAGAGGAUUUCCCCCAGGAGAUUUCGCAAAUUUUCAGGAAUAUGAUGGUGGGUCUAUUGGAUAUAGUCCARUGGGUAUAUCUCCUUUCGCGGAAUAGCUCAUGUUGCGUUAUUUAUUCAUAAAUUAUAAGUUUAUUUAAAAUAUCAUCAAAAUAAGAAACAAUAUAAAAAAUAUAACUCUAUUUAAUGAAAUCAAAUUUAUCUAUGAAGUACACACGGAAUAAAAAGUAUAACUGAAUUUUAUAUUAUUCAUUACAUAAUUUAUUCAUAAUGCAUCAUUUAUGCUGAUAUAUUAUUACAUAAGUUAUGCAAUAAUAUAUAUUAAUUAGGCCAAAACAAAAACUAUUAUAAACAUGCAUCAAGAUAUUUUUGCACAAAAAAUUCAUUCCAAAAAUGUGAAAUGUUAUAUAAAAAAACAGAUAACAUUUAUAAUAUUAUGAUACACAUUUUAUAAGUAAAAACGUAUAGAUAAAUAUAUUUAUGCUUGAAAUAUAUAAUUAUUUAAAAUUUCUUAUCAUAAUGUAAAAUAAAAAAAUAAUUAUCAAUAUUUCUCAUAAUGUUUAUCAUAAAAAAUAAUUGUACAAAAAAUAAUCAUAAUAAGUUGUAAUAAAGAACUUGCACAUAAAACUUAAUUUAAAAAAUAUAUAUACUUACAUAAUGUAUAA